UUUAUUAAAUAUUUUUCGCUUCAUUUAUAGCAGUUAUAACUGACCAUGUUUAAGUGUGUAUUUAUUAGAAGUCUACAUGUAAAUCUAUUGCUUCAUUAAAAGGGUUUGUAACUUCCCUAAUUAACGGGCAUUUAAUUUGCAAUUUAGAUAAAACUACGGCUCUCUUUUUAUUUACAAAUGCAAAAGAAAAUAAGAAAGACAAGAUAAGAUGAAAGGUGCAGUCCUCGAAGUAGUUCUCGUUAGUGCAAAAGGCAUUCAACGCGCAAGUUUCGUUGGUAACACAAUUUGCGGAAUAUAUUUGAAUUUUUCGUUUCAUUUUUCUCUUACAUGUCAAGUAUUUUAUUCUGCUGAAAAACUACUAACAUUUUGUUGUAAUAAAAUGACAGGCGAUUCGGGUUAUCAUGUUAUUAUUCAGUGCGGUAAUCAAAUCUGCAGAAGCAAGACUUCGUCAGGAAGUUUCGAUAAAAUAUACUGGAACGAGAAAUUUAUAUUCGAAUUUCCAGUAUCCGAGUUAGACUCUUUGAGCCACCUUAACCUCAAAAUUGUGAAAGAGGGACAUUUCAGUGAUCGAAAAUUUGUCGGUGAAACCAUAAUAUUCCUCCGAAGAAUAAUGGUGGAGGGAAAUUACAAAGGGUUGAUAGAUAUGAAUCCAUGUGCAUUUAAUGUGGUGCUCGAAGACGACACUUACAAAGGGCAGAUAACUAUUGGAUUGAAAUUCAUUCCAAACACUGUUUUACCGAUGGAAAUAAACGAAUUCGUGCAUGAGGAGAAUGAUAUAGGUGAAUCGAUUUUCAAGAUAAUUACAAGUGUUUGGCAAAUGCAGUGGUGGAGGCUUUUCUUUGCUUAUAGGAAUAAGAAUUUUAUCGAUAAACAUAAAGAUAAUUAGGAAGCUAAUUAACGACGAAGCGAACAAAUAUUUUGGAAUCGAAGAUUGAAGUUAUUUUGAUCGGUAUUAAAUGAUCAUCGAUGAUAUUAUACCUCAUUAAUCGAUGAUCAUCCAUCGAUUAAUUAAUUAAACAAAUAAAUUUGUGCAUCAUAUUUCGUUCGUGUUCGAGAUUUUGUCGUAAUAUUUGAUUAGUGUUGACAAUUAAUUAAUUAAACAAAUAAAUAUGUAGAUAAUAUUUCAUUCGUGUUCGAGAUUUUGAGGCAAUAUUUGUUAAGUAGUUGACUAAUUCACUUU